GUUGAGAAUCAAGAUGCCUAUCACUAGUCUUACAAUAGGUGCUAUGUUAGGAAAAGCAGACUUUGCGUACAAAUAUAUGGGAGGAUCUUCUAUCAUGUUCAAUCUUCUGAAGACAUAUAUUUUCGGAAAGAUACUGAGAACACUAGAAUAUCCUGAUGGAGAGUUGUAUACUGUCAAGAUACACUAUCCACAAUUGGAACGUCUUAAAGUGAAAAUUGCAGACGCACAACCUCCACCUUAUCCUACUUGUUUCUUGACCAGUGAGGUAAGUAUUGAGUGCCUAGAUGAUAUACGUCAGUUAGCUUUGUGGCAUCCUCCUGCUUUCACAGAGCCUUUGCGUACGGAUAAAGAUAUAAGAGCAGUACCAGAGGGUGCGUGGGUGUUCUGGAGUAAAUACAGUGAAAAGGAGUUUCCUAUACCACGUCGAGGUGUGAAAUUAGACGCUCCAGCAGCUAAUAUUGUAACUUCGAAUGCAGCUCUUACUGACGGGUAUAUUUCUUUGGUGAAGAACCUUUAUCGCUCCAAACAGUUAUCAACUAGUGAAUAUGAUAGAUUAAUAGAUUUGAUUAUCGAAAAGAAUGAAGGCAUAUGCACUCUAGCACGAAAUUUUUCUAACGAACCAGAAGAAUUCGUUCGUCAUGCUAAGAGGCAGAUAUCGAAACUACCGGAGAAAACUAUAAUCAUGUCUACAAACGCAACUUCAAUUGUUUCAGAAACAAGUGAGAAGAUAUCAUCCAAUAUAUCUUGAACUCUCAAAAAACCCAAAAAACAAAGUUGAAGUUUGGU